GAGAGAGAGAGAGAGAGAGAGAGAGAGGGCGCGUUCCCGCAGCAACAGGGAAGAUGGCAGCUCUCACAUCUUUCACCCAGCUGUCGAGUGGGAACCCUGUAUAUGAGAACUAUUACAGACAGGUGGACCCUGGGAAUACAGGGAGAGUGGGACCAACGGAAGCUGCCUUGUUCUUAAAGAAGUCUGGACUCCCUGACAUCACAUUGGGAAAGAUCUGGGAUUUGGCCGAUCCCGAUGGUAAAGGCUAUCUGGACAAACAGGGGUUUUACGUAGCUCUGCGGCUGGUGGCCUGUGCCCAGAGCGGUCAGGAAGUUAGUCUGUCCAGCCUCAACCUCACGAUCCCGCCCCCCAAGUUUAAGGAUAGCAGCAGUCCGUCUCUAAGCAGCACAGCAUCCGCCUCCGGAGAAUUACACUGGGCUGUCAGGCACGAGGAGAAGAGCAAAUUUGAUGGGAUUUUUGAGAGUUUGGCUCCAGUCAAUGGCCUGCUGUCAGGAGAGAAGGUCAAACCAGUCCUCAUCAACUCCAAGCUACCUCUGGAUGUCCUCGGGAAGGUUUGGGACCUGAGUGACAUCGAUAAAGAUGGCCAUCUGGACAGAGAUGAGUUUGCAGUGGCCAUGCACCUGGUGUACCGCGCCCUGGAGAAGGAGCCUGUUCCCGCACUCCUCCCCUCUGCCCUCAUCCCUCCGUCUAAGAGGAAGAAGAGUCUGGGCUCGGUGGCCGGCUCUAUGCCCGGACUCUCCGCAAGCCCCCCCCCACCAAAAGACUCGCUACGCUCCACACCCUCCCACGGCAGCAUGAACUCCCUCAACAGCACCGGCAGCCUGUCGCCCAAACACACACUCAAGUCUGGACAGCAUUCGCUGAACUGGGUGGUCCCAGUGUCAGACCGCAGUCGCUAUGACGACAUCUUCCUGAAGACCGACGCUGAUCUGGACGGGUUUGUCAGCGGACAUGAAGUGAAGGAGAUCUUCAUGCACUCUGGACUCUCUCAGAACCUCCUGGCCCACAUAUGGGCUCUGGCAGACACCAGGCAGAUAGGCAAGCUGACCAGGGAGCAGUUCGCCCUCGCCAUGUAUUUCAUCCAGCAGAAAGUCAGCAAGGGCAUGGACCCCCCACAGGCCCUGACCACCGACAUGAUCCCCCCCUCAGAGAGAAGCACUCCUGUACCUAGCUUGUCAGGAUACAUGACCCCGGUGGGAUCAGAGAUGGCGGCUCUGUCUGAGAUGAGACGGGACAGCUCCAGUUCUGUGGGUUCAGGGGAGUUCACUGGCAUCAAGGAGCUGGACGACAUCAGCCAGGAGAUAGCACAGCUGCAGAGCACUCUUGCCUUUACCCAGUGGAAUACUCUCAGGGAGAAGUACACUCUGGAGCAGGACAUCAGGGAGACAGAGGAGGCCAUCAGACACAAGAGUGCAGAGGUGCAGGAGAUGCAGAAUGACCUGGACAAAGAGACAGCCAGCCUGCAGGAGCUGGAGGCUCAGAAACAAGAUGCCCAGGACCGGCUGGAGGAGAUGGACCAGCAGAAACACAAGCUAGAGGACAUGCUGAACGAAGUCCAGAUAAAGUGCCAGGAGGAGUGUCAGAUGAUCUCGACCCUCCAGAGUCAGAUCCACUCGCAGGAGUCGGAUCUGCAGAGCCAGGAGGAGGAGUUGAGCCGGGCGAAGGCCGACCUGGGCAGGCUGCAGCAGGAGGAGAACCAGCUGGAGCAGAGCCUGGCCGCCGGCAAGAUCCAACUGGAGACCAUCAUCAAGUCUCUGAAGGCCACGCAGGAUGAGAUCAACCAGGCUCGUAGCAAGUUGUCCCAGAUUCAGGACAGCCAACAGGAAGUGUCCAAAAGCAUCGAGCAGUACAACAGCACCUUGAACGGAACCCACGGAGGCAGCAUGACCAACCUGGCCGACAUGAGCGAGGGCUUCAGCGACAGAGAGAACGGAGGCUUCCCGGCCAUGGUGAGACAGGAGGAUCCAUUCAAAGUGAAGCCAUCUGUGUUCAACAGCCAGCCUCAGGAGCUCCACACUGACCCCUUCCACUCCGAAGACCCGUUCAAAACAGACCCCUUCAAAGGUGACCCUUUCCAAAAUGACCCUUUUGCAAAGCAGCCACCGACAUCUACAGAUCCUUUUGGAGGAGACCCGUUUAAAGAGACGGAUCCGUUCAAGGCUUCGUCGGAAGAUUUCUUCAAGAAGACCACAAAGAUGGAUCCCUUCUCCAUACCGGACCCCUUCAGUAAAAGUGCCACAUUACCUUCCAAGCAGCAAACCAGUCACUUCACAAGCAAUGACCCAUUCUCUUCAAGCAACCCAAAACCCAAAGGACCAGACCUGUUUGGCACGCUGGACCCGUUCGGCAGCAGUUCGUUCAACAGCAGCAGCAACAGCUCUGCAGGAUUUGCAGACUUCAGCCUCAUGUCGAAUCCUCGAGACCCUUUUGAAGGCCGGGCCAGCUGGCUGCCAGACUACCAGAAGCCGGCGUUUGUGGACGACCCAUUCAGCAGGAAGAAUGACACGCCAGCUCUGCCACCGAAGAAAAGUGUUCCCCCGAGGCCCAAACCCCCCAGUGGUGAGUGUCACACUCGACAGGCUUUUGAAUCUUUCUUAAAUAUCGGCUUUGUUAUUGUACUGUCGAGUACAGUGGUCCCCAACCUGGGGUCUCUGCCCCCCAAAGAUCAAAGGGGGUGCUCCAGGAUUUGUCUGAGUUUGUCAAAAUUAGAUUUGCACAUGAAUAGCUAAAAUCAUAAUAAUACACAUAAUAAACCUAAAUCAUACAAAAGUCUCCAUAUCAACUAUUUUUUUUUUUUGUCCUCACUCUAAACUCAAAACAUUUAGUUCAAACUUAGUUUCUCUGCACAGUUGCAAAUGGAGAUCAGGCAAUACUGUUAUUGUUUGCAUUAUACCAUGUGUAGGAUUACAUUUGUUUCUGAGCGUUGUAAAAUCCAAAAGCAAAAUCAGUCAAGACGUUAUCGCCUUUUUUAUGUUGAGGAAACUGACGAGUUAUAUUCAUUAAAGGAAGUUGAUUUAACAAAAAGAGACUCAUUUAAUACGCUUCAAGGAAAAGAGGUUGGCAACCGCUGGUCUAUUAUAUUCAUGGACACUCAUUUAGCUUAGAAAUAGUUUAGAAAGACGAGUGAUGAGAGAACAUACUCUGGUGGAAAAAGGAAGUGGGACAACAUACAUGUUUUUUUGUGCGAUUACCACAUCACCAUCAUACCCGUAGUCACCGCCCUGCUGGGUUUUACAUGCAUGCUGAAGAGGAAGGGUGUGUGUGUGUGUGUGUGUGUGUGUGUGUGUUUUCAUGGACUGUGAGCAGAAAAAACAUAUAAUGAAUAAAAGACUUAGGUGGAAUUAGUAAGACAGGAAAUUCUAAAGUAAAUGAAAUUAAAUAAAAGAUGGAGUGGAGAGAAAAGAGUGAAAAUACUAAUCCUGCAGAGUUGGUGAUAAUUCUGUCUCUGGGUUCAUGGGUGACAAUAUUAAACGUAGUCCUUUGAGACAUUAAUGUAAAAAAUAUUGAUAAAAGCAGUUUUAAAUCAAAAUAUGAUAUAUUCUGCUUUCUUAGAUAUAUAAU